UCAGCCUUUAUCUCUCCCAACCAUCUCUAGGCUAAACCCUUCGGUACCAGGAGCGGAUCCGCACGCAUCUCCCGCUCUGUCUGGCUGCCCGUCUCACCCCUGCCACCCUCCGCACCCCUCCUCGGCUCCUUUGCCACUCCGGGAGGGGUGGGAGGAGGAACUGCACUUUCUUUUUGUGCGUGUGAGCGCACCUUUUUCCUCACCGACGUCCUCUCUCGCAGCCUUUUCCAACCCCGCGGCGAGAUUUUUGUGCAUUUGUUUUCUUUUCCGCGCUCGCAGUUCUUUCUUUCUUCUCACCCGAGCGAUGCAGGAGGAGUUGAGAAGCUCAGGGACGGAUGGGGGGUUCGCUUAUCCAUUUUUCCUCCCUCGCCAGCUCUUGAAGGACCAGCAGAAAAACUAAACCAAACAUUUAUUUUCUGACCGGGUCUCCCCCUCCCGCCGCUCUCCGCCGGACCAGCGAAUUAACAAAACCCCACGUUACCCCAGAAAAAAAAAAAAAAAAGGAAAAAAAAAAAAAAAACAAAAACUAAAACCACCAAAACAAAAAGCAGAGGGGAGAAGAAGGAGGGUGCGAAGUAUUUUCACCCCGACCCGCGGCGGGCACCGGGCCGGGCACCGGCGGAACAAAGCCGGCACCGGGCUCCGGGAGGAGAGGACGGGGGGCGGGGGAGAGGGAGCAGCCCCGGCUGGUGCUAUCUCCGCAUCCCUUUUGUUAUUGAUCGGCAGGACGAAGAGCCGGGGAGACGGCACUUUUCAGCGCAAUUUAAUUUCAUUUUUUAAUUUUUUUUUUCCCCCUAAACGCGACUCGCAGCUUUUGUCGGCGUAUCGUAGCCUGCUGCCCCGAAUUAACGGGCGGAGGCGGACUUUGAUGGGGAAACGCUUUUUCCUCCCCGAUGCAUCGGUCAUUUGAACUGUAAAGGAAUCGCCGAGGGGGCGAGGGGACCCGGAGACAGCGGCUGUGCAAACGACUCCACCGAGGCUCCUCCGCCCCCUCCACGAUGAUGCUCAGCCCGGACCAAGCGGCCGACUCCGACCACCCCUCCUCGGCGCCCUCCGACCCCGAGUCCUUGGGGGGCGCGGACCCUCGGGCGCUGGGCUGCUGCGCCUCCGACCCGGAGCCGGCCGAGGGCGGCGGGGGCGGCGGCGGCGGGGGCGGCGGGGAGGGUCGUGCCGGGGGCCGGCCGGGGCUGCACCCGCCGCCGCUCAGCCGGGAGGAGAAGCGCCGCCGUCGGCGGGCCACGGCCAAGUACCGCUCGGCCCACGCCACGCGGGAGAGGAUCCGCGUGGAGGCCUUCAACCUGGCCUUCGCCGAGCUGCGCAAGCUGCUGCCCACGCUGCCCCCCGACAAGAAGCUCUCCAAGAUCGAGAUCCUGCGCCUGGCCAUCUGCUACAUCUCCUAUCUCAACCACGUCCUGGACGUGUAGC